GGCAGUUGCUGUGAGGCACACAACGUUAUCCUACUACCCGUUCUGCCAAUGAAUCGACUUACUGAUUCUGUUGAAGAUGGAUUUUAAUCAGGAUCACUUUCCGAACGUUGCCAAAAUUUAUGUGUAACUUUUUUCCAAACAUUGGCAGUACUUGUUCUACGAACGACCCUGGGAAGGCAUCAAACCAUUGCUGUGCGUGCUCACGGGACAUACUACAUACCGUCUGACCAAGAUGUGACUCCUCGUCCCUCAACAACUGUUCUACCCUAGUGUAUAACCAGUUGCUGCCGCAUUCUAUAGAUGGAUUCUCUCCCAAUGCGAUCGUGUGGUGGAAGGCGGAAACUCUACUACCACAUCCAGGUUUCUGAUAUCAGCGUUUCCAUAGAACCAGACAAUCCUGAAUUUCCACCUGGGCCUUAUAAAUGCUACGUGCAGGUCGGCGUUGACACUGUUCGCAAGCGAACUCAAGUCUCCACCCCCGGAAAGUACGCCUGGAAUGAGUCAUUUGAAUUCUUAGUGAGGGAGGAUUGGUCUAUAUGCAUUGACUUGAUAGCAAAACAUACUUUGUUAUCGUGCAGCAUGCUGAGUUGGCUCUCCAAGGACGUGCCGAUUGCAUCAUCUCGUGACCACGUGCAGUUACCUACAUCAACAGAAACAAAAGUCGUCUCACAAAAUUUGAGACAUGUGCACGUACGAGGGAGGAAUGGAGAACCUUCCAUAUACCAGGCUAGCGUGUCAUUGAAACUUCAGCUGGUCAACCCAGAUCCCAUCACUGAUCCAUCAUCUUCGGUUCAUCUCGAAGAGUCAUUUAUCGAGGACGUCGGUGAGCUCAUCGCAGCACCAAAUCUCUCCAAUACAGAGCUCGGAGCAUUCAGCGAGGUGCUUCGACGUCCCAGCCUCGGUUUUGGCUGCUAUUCUUUUUCAGAUUGGUCAUCUUUUGUAGUCUCACUUCACAGUUGUGAAGAUGAUAGCCUUGCCUCCCCCAACUCCCCACACGCCGAUCACGAUGAAGUAUUAGUGUCUCCUAUUUCCGAUGUGCCGCAAGGAGAUCAUCUUCCUCUGAGCCCUAGAGAGCUGGAUGACGCGGAACAAACUUCUGUCUUAGAAGCGACUCUUACGGAUCACACACAGAAGGGCGAUGUUAACAGUGGGGAACUGCUUGGAAUAGAUCAAUCGUCGCCCGCCGACACAGUAUAUUCAGGAACUUCUGUGGCGAACGAUACUGGACCUCGAAAAAGACACAAAUUAUCUAUAAAGGCAUUGAGCGUUCGCUCCAAUCGUAGUGCAUCGUUGAGCGGGACGCGAGAUCGCCAUGCACUUUGGGGACGAAUCAGAUCACUAUUCAGCUUGCGCACACCCCAGAACGCCGAACGCAUCCGACCUAUACUUUUGCAUUCAGGUCAGAACUAAAUCAUAGUUAUCAUAGUUCCACAUCCUCGACAUAUCUCUUUCAUUCUGAACAAC